CUGGAAGCCUGGGGCAAACCCAGCUUGCAGCACAAGGGCAGUGUUGAGGAGCUGGUUGGACAUGCAGCUGGCUGUAAGAAGCUGCUGCAGCUCCUGAGAAGUCUCUCAUUUAAGAAAACAUUGGACUUUGGGUUUGUUUGAUCCUGCCAAGUGUUGUUAAUCCUAAUGGACAAAUAGGAAGCGUCAUCUCCUGCCUUAAAUACACCUGUGCUGUUGCCAGGCUGCAGGCUCUAGGAUUUGAGGGUUAAAAUGUAGCUGAAAAUAGCUGUAAAGGUACACAGUGGAGUUUGCACGGGAGGGAGCUGUGAGCAGCAAUGUGUGCUAAAGGUUCUGCUCUGCGCUUCAUGAGGUGAUGUCCAAAGUACACCGGAUUACUACAGCUUCCUGGUGGCUCAGCACAGCCAUAUCUCCUUGCCUCUCACAAAGGAAAAUGAAGGCACUGGACAACACCCACAGCGGGCCAGCAGAAGGUCUCUCCUUACCAGGUUGUCUGUCUUGAAGUUCCCCAUCUCAUGCCGCAAACAAAGGAACCCAUCUAAGCCAGAUCCUCACCAUCGUUUUUCCAUUGCUUUCUGGACAAAGAUCUGUGCUGUCAUCAGCAUGAAGGGGGUGACUGUUUCAGCCUCACUUAUUUCGUUGAUGAUAGAAGAGUUGCACUCCAGCUGUUCCUCUGGAAGAGACAUGCAGUCACUGCCUGCCACUAGCAGCCACCUCAGCCACCAUGACAACUCUUCCUACCCUCACAUCAGCAAGUGGCAUCCUGUCCCACCUCCGCCUACCCCAUCAGCUGCUUGCUGAAUUUGAUAGUUGCACCUCUUUUCCUUUCUCUACCGUGCUAAUUGCAUGCUUUGGGAGUGAAACUCCGACUCCGAGAACGUCAGAGGUCUUGGUCAAGAGGUCCUGCCACAGAAGUAGACCACCUUCCUAGAGACUCAAGUGGCAGUGGAAGACCUCAGCAAACACUGGGCAAGAAAAGGAGAACUGGCAGAUCCCUGCAAGUGAAUCUAAAAGACUUCACCCACGUCAAGGAAAAGAAGCCUUUGUCACAGCUUGAGUAAAAUAUGGGAUUGGAGGGUGCCUACCAGCUGGGAUUUCACCAUGGAAAUAAUUUCUGACAAUGCUGUUAACGAGGAGGUUCUUCGUCUUGGUGUUGGUCUCUGCAGCCAGCUUCUCCACGGCCAUCCAGAAACGCAGUGGUUCAGCUGCACCGCGCUCCUCGAGGAACUGCCUGAAGUACUGCAGGUGGGCAGGGCUGUGCAGAACCUUCACAAAGUGCCUGCAGGGAGGAGACAUCAGGAGGCAAACAGAGCUGGGAGCAGGCAGGGAUUUGCGAUUUAUACCCUGAUGUGGAGCUGUCGGGGUUCUUGUCUGGAGUAUCCCCAGGAGGUGGGACUCCGCACGGACAUUCACAUGUCAUCUCCAUGACAAAGCAAGGAGUGACACUGAAGGAAAGCACUGGGAAAAUUCUGUUUCCUGAAAGUAGCAAAAGGCAGCAUAGCUUUGUGCUGCAAGGUGCCAGACCUGGGUCUUCUCGUUGGCUUCUCUACUGCAACAGUGAUGGCCUUCUUGGCACUUGAUUUGGUUUUUCUCCUAGGAGUAGCCCUCUUCUUUUUCUUCUCAGGUUCAGCAGCUGUGGGGACAGAACGGAGCUGGCCCAUUCCUUGGAUGACAGUUAUAGCCUGCCACAGCUAUUCUCAGGCCAGAGGACCCUGAAGAAGCCCGAGCUGCCUCCAGAACUGCCCUGCUGACUUCAACAGGAUGAGCCUAGCUCAGGGGACACUGGAUACUGUAGGAGCCCUUCACCUUUGCAUGGCUUCAACUCCUCAGCAUCUGCUUCAGGGGAAACCUCCCGCUCCCACCCAUGCUGGCUGGACUAACACCCCUAAACACGUGCCUUCCAAGGGUGGAUGCACCUCUCUCUCCUUCUGGAGAUGUUUCCCUGAUGGUGCUUCCCCCUGCUUGUCCUGGGGAAUGCUGGCUGGGAGCCUGCCCUGUUUCUAGUCUGCUCAGGUUGGACUCACCAAGUGGUGGGCUUUUGGGAGGCGGAAGCUCCUCAUCCUUGCUGCAGCUAUCUGCAGACAGUGACGCUUUCUGAACAGCCAGCUCUUCUGGUGUCGUCUUCUGGGAGUCUGCAUCUGAAGGAGAAGAAGGAACAGAUCCAGCUCCUGCAGGCUAUGACUGUUCUCCAGCACUUAUUGAGUGCUGCCUUAUCACUCUUCGCCUUUCCUUUCCCCUUCUCUGUUCUCUUCCCGUGAUCCAUUCAUGAUGCUACAUUUCUCAGGACCCCAAGCUACCCAAGAGGUCAAGGUGUGGCAGUGGGAUGACAAUGACUAUCCCCACUUUUGCAUUUCAGUCUCUUUGCUACAGCCUAGUGACCCAAGCCAUGGCAAGGACAAGCAAUUUGAUGCCUCUAGUACUUGACAAGAGCAAAUUUGACCCAAAGCUCAUUGCUAAAGUUUGGAUUAUGGCCUGUGGCUUGCAGAUACCUUGUCCCAACCCACCCAGUGGCACUGUCGGCAAUACAACAAGAUACCCUGCUAAGCCAAAACCUGUGUGUUGGUGGCUUUGGUCACUACAGACACAAAAUAUGCUGCAUCAGCCUGAGCCAACCUGAAUCCCAGCAGAAAUUCAGAGCCUUCUCUUACCAGUUUUGCUCACAAGAGGUUCCGCCUCUGCCUGGAGCAUGCCCCUUUUCUUGAGGUCUUGAGUGCCAAAGGAUCGCCAGUGCUCAGGGGAGAGGCCUUCCAAGUUCCUUGUGUCAUGCAAGGCCUGGCUCAGCUUCAAGGACUCAUUUAUCCGCUCGGACAGAAGGAAAUAUUCAUCUUUCCCAAGACCAUGUCCUUGUACUUUGGGCACUGGGACAUCACCCUGUGAAGACUGAAAAGAAGAACAGAGGGUGAUGGCACAGAGCAUCCUAUUACACCCCAUCUGAGGAGCUGGUCCUGCAAUGCACCCAGAAGGCUAGCUGCGCGUUUUUGCAGUUUACAAACCUAUCCAAAUUAAACCUCUGGAAGAAACCUGGGCACAAAGCUCAGCAUGAAGCUUGGACCUGUCCAUACUUUUCCUAAAGCUGGCUCGCAUCUGCCUGCAGCUGCAUCCAAACAGUGUCUUAUCAGCCAAGGGCAGCUGCUUUCCUUGAAGAGGUCCAGCCAGCAGGACAGAAAAAAGCCACGAAGGUGUCAUGGACAGACAGGUCAUCGCCGGCUUUGCUCUGCCUUUGCAAGCCCUCCGGUCACCACCCCUCAGCCACCCUUGACCCUGGCAGCACCUUCAAAGGCAGCAUGCUGCGGAGCCUGCAAUGUUUGCUCGCUUAUCGGGUGGGCAGCCUCCCACUGCGCUCCUGGGGACACCGCUUGGCCACCACUGCCCACGCAAGGACAGCCCUCGCCAGCUCCGCAGCCAUGGCCACCUCGGCGAGCUCCCACCUGAGCAAAGCCAUCAAGCACAUGUACAUGAAGCUGCCGCAGGGGGAGAAGGUCCAAGCCAUGUACAUCUGGAUCGACGGGACUGGGGAGCACCUCCGCUGCAAAACCCGCACGCUGGACCACGAACCCAAGAGCCUGGAAGAUCUCCCCGAGUGGAACUUUGAUGGCUCCAGCACCUUCCAAGCCGAAGGCUCCAACAGCGACAUGUACCUGCGACCUGCUGCCAUGUUCCGGGACCCUUUUCGCAAGGAUCCCAACAAAUUAGUUCUCUGUGAGGUCUUCAAAUACAACCGCCAGUCUGCAGACACAAAUCUUCGGCACACCUGUAGGCGGAUUAUGGAUAUGGUGUCCAACCAGCACCCCUGGUUUGGGAUGGAGCAGGAGUACACCCUUCUGGGAACAGAUGGUCAUCCGUUUGGCUGGCCUUCCAAUGGCUUCCCUGGACCCCAAGGUCCGUACUACUGCGGUGUAGGAGCUGACAAAGCCUAUGGCAGAGACAUUGUGGAGGCCCACUACCGAGCGUGCCUGUAUGCUGGUGUGAAAAUUGGAGGAACCAACGCAGAAGUGAUGCCAGCCCAGUGGGAGUUCCAGGUGGGACCGUGCGAAGGGAUUGAGAUGGGGGAUCACCUCUGGAUAGCACGUUUCAUCCUCCACCGGGUGUGCGAAGACUUUGGUGUCAUUGUGUCCUUCGAUCCCAAACCCAUCCCUGGGAACUGGAACGGUGCUGGCUGUCACACCAACUUCAGCACCAAGAACAUGAGGGAAGAUGGAGGUCUCAAGCACAUCGAGGAGGCCAUCGAGAAGCUGAGCAAGCGCCACCAGUACCACAUCCGUGCCUACGACCCCAAAGGAGGGCUGGACAACGCCCGGCGCCUGACGGGCUUCCACGAGACGUCCAGCAUCCACGAGUUCUCCGCCGGCGUGGCCAACCGCGGCGCCAGCAUCCGCAUCCCACGCAACGUGGGCCAUGAGAAGAAAGGCUACUUCGAGGACCGCCGGCCUUCAGCCAACUGCGAUCCCUACGCCGUGACGGAGGCCCUGGUCCGUACGUGUCUCCUCAACGAAACCGGGGACGAGCCUUUUGAGUACAAGAACUAAGUGGACUCGUGCCCACAGACACCGCCUUCCCCCUCCCCCCACCCCCCCCGUGCUCCCCGCACCCCUAAACUUCCCUUCUAGUUGUAAUCCUGAGGGUACAAGAUAACACACUUCGUGUCUCAGUAACUCUUGUUGUUUUGAGGUGGGGGAGGAGGGCAGGUUUAGUUUUAUUAAUGUCUGUUUGUCAUUGACUCUUCAAAAGGCGAGAGGAGGAGGGGGGUGGGGGGGGGGUAGAUGAUUUUUAACCACUGUUUUGUUUUGGUUUUUUUUUUUGUCUAAUUCAUCUGUACAUCUGGUGGGAUCCAGUGGCUUCCAGGGACAGGCUACACACAAAGCCAGCAGACGAAAGGAAAGUGGAAAAUUAUGGCCGACUUCCCCAAAUUUGGGUGUUAGGCCCAGCGCUGGGGGGCUCUCUCCCAGCGGGCUGAUGGUUCUCAAGGCAUAGCAUCCCAAGAAGGGCAGGCAGGGACUGGGAUGGAACCCAGCUCUGUCCCGUGGUGUGAUGGGGAAGUCUUCAGCCUAUUGGCACUGUCACAUUUCUAGGCUCCUUCUUGGCAUCGAGCGUGUGGUGUAGGAGCACCUAGGAGAGCUCCUCGUCCUGUCAUUGGAAGUCAGGCGAUCUCCCGCUCAUAACACAGAGUGAAGUAGUAUUUUUCUAUUUAAAUGUAAAAACGAACAAAAAAAAUUAUAUAUGGAAGCGGAGGGGGGGGGAGGGGGGGAGGUUGUGUUUCUAGUUUUUGGGUUUUUUUUUUUUUUUUUUUUCUUUUAAAGAAGAAAAAGAUGCUGUCCCAGGGGCUCGACCACAAGAGUGGGCAGAGCUGAUGGGGAUGCUGUCAGAGGGCCUCCAGGUGGGACUGAGGGAGAGCUUGGAGGGCUCAGUGGGGAAGACUCAGAGGAAUGGAGCUUGCAGGAGGCAAUUCCCAGACCUGGGAAGCCCACAGGGACGUUUAUCACUGUAACUCAAGUAGCCAUGAAGUGCUCGUGUGGAUGAGGGUGAGGAAGGCGUUCGGAACUAGGAGUUGGCUGGUCAACUUCACCACGUUCUGGACCAGAGCUGUGGGUGCUUCACUUUCCGGUGGGGUUUGCACGUCACUAAAGCAGGGCUUUUGAUAAAUGAAAUUUUAGAUGACUUUUUUUUUUUUUUUCUUUUUUCUUGUAAUGUACUUAGUUUCUAAAAACUGAGUGGUUUUACAGAGACCGUCAAUGUCACUGUUGUGUCCUGGCCGUGGGACUGCCUGCCUCCGCUGAUGGUGGCUGGGAGAAAGGGGAAGGAUCCAUCCCUCCCAGGCAGCCCUGUGCUUCCCAGCUCGGGUUGGGGGGUACAAACGUUCCAGGAUCUUUGGGUAUCUUAGCUGGUGCCAGUUAUAUUCCGUUGCAUUUGAACUUCUUCCAAAUAGUUUUUUUUUAAUAAUUAAAAAAAAAGAGAGAGAUUGAAAUGUUAAUUCUGACUUUUUCCUCCUUUCUGUGCUUCCUGGCAACUUCUUUUGUACGUGUUUUGUCUUUACUUAAAGGUAAUUUUAUCCUGA